AUGGACAUAAAGAAGCUGAUACAGUCAAACUUCAUCAAGAGAAGUGUAUUUGGUGCAGUUAUGAUUGUAGUAUUCCACCAGAUAUGUAGGAAAGAUGUACGAUACUUGGCUGGACUCAUUUUUGCAAUAUGCUUGGGAUGUGUAAUUGAAAUACUCCAUCUCACUAAGCACUACAUACAUGGAUUCACACACGCAUUUCUCACGUACUACAUGGCCAUUCUACUCUUCAUGAAUAGUAGUGUAACGAGUUUGAGCUACUUCUUUCCAAAUAGCAGAAACUUCAUUCUCCAAUGGAAGCCAGAUGUCAUAGGCUUCUAUUUCUACCUGGGUGGAUUCAUAAAAUACAUCAUGGAUUUCACGAAAAAGAAGCUGAAGAAGCAGAUGGUGGAACUGUCAUUAAUUCAUCUUUCUAGUACCAUAAUGGGUGCAACAUUCAAGGCAGCAUGCAGGAAUCUGGCACGGGGGAAGUUCUACGUGAUAUAUCCAGCAAGUCUGAUCAUCUGUAAUGACAUAUUCGCAUAUCUGGUUGGGAAGCUCUUUGGAAGGACGCCUCUCUUUCAUUUCAGUCCUAAGAAAACAGUUGAGGGAUUUCUGGGUGCAUUUGUAUUCACGUGCAUAACAUCAUACAUUUUUGUUCGACUGAAAUUGGACUACAACAUUCUUCCUGACAAAUUGGACAGUGUGAUGAAGACACGAGUGAAUCUUCCGUACAAAUGGCUCAAUAAGCCAGCACUUGUCUACUACAAUGUUGCAUUUGUGCUUGCUGCAUCAUUUCUGGCACCAUUUGGUGGAUUUCUUGCAUCUGUCAUAAAAAGGUUCUUCAAGAAGAAGGAUUUCAGUACGUUGUUUCCUGGACAUGGUGGCGUAUUAGAUCGAAUGGACUGCCAGUUACUUAUGAUCUGGUUCACAUACUAUUUUCUGGCUGGAAUUGUGGAAAUCAAGACACAGACAGUGGGAACACUCGCCUCUUUCAUUCUGACUAAUUUUUCAGAAGAUGAAAUUCAGGCACUGAUUCAAAUGCUACGGAAGGGCGAUUGA